GUUGAAGAUGCGUAUCAGUACGCCUCUAUGGUAGUAGUAAAAGAGUGUAGAUGCUGAAAAAACUCGUGAAAUGAUUUCUGUGCGGGUAAUCAGAAAUGUCAGAAUGUUAGAGUAACUGCAUCACUUACAUGCGGGGGGAUUACUAAAACUUGGCUAAUAGUCGUGUUCUACACCGUGUUCACAUAGGUACGGAGAGAAAUGGAUGUUAUUGUAAGAAUAAGUGCCUCGGCUGACAAAAACUUGGAAUUAUCUGUGAAAUAAACAGAAGGUUAUUUCAUAGGGCUAAUAAAACACAAAUAUUCGCUUUUAUUUAUUUAUUUGAUGGAAUAGAAAUUCUUAACGAAUAUACCGGAAAUUAAAUUUUGAUUUGUACCGCAUAUAUAGUUAAAGUUUAUUUGUUUUAUGUGCAUCCACGAUGUCCGCAGAUCUUGAUAAUCAACCGUAUGAUAAUGUGGAGUUUCCUAUACGGAGACCCGCACCUGGAACCCAAGGGGGCUGGAUUAGUCCAAACAUGACCCAAGCCCAAAGAGACCAUUUGGUGAUGGGUUCUGCCACCAAAGAGAGGACACACACACUGGCACCAGUUGUUGAAAGUGGGACGGCAGAAGAAGAAGGAGAGGAAUCAGAGAUUAAGGUCGAAGAUCAAAGACAAAAGAUCGGCACUCCAACAACUUAUACAGCCGGUUCUACAGCGUCUUCACAAUUCAAUAACAUGAAUAAUUCAAAUAAAGUUAUAACUACACCACCAAGGUCGACAAAAAUGAAUCACGUGACAACACCUUCAAAGGGCAACCAGUUACACAUCACCACAGACAAGCAGUCUAAUAAAUCAGACACUUUCUCGCGCACAGUUACAAAGCCACCCCCAUCGCCAUCACGUGACAGUCGUAUAUCAUUCGUUUCUGACCAAUCAAAUCCGCCAGAAGAUUUUACUUGGAGCGCAUUCACGCCAAUGUCUCAAGAUGUGUUCGAAAAUGCAUACAAAAGACAUAAAUAUUUUUACAAAUUUAGUGACAAAGUUUUGAAACAAGGAACAAAAAUGAAGACCAAUGUUUGGGACGUUCCAGGAAAACCAGGCGAAACUAUGACAUAUGAACAGUUGCUUCAAGGAGUGCUGGCAGAUGGAGAAAGACUCAUUCUAGGUGGAAGUUGGUUAUAUUUCCGGGCGGUGGAAUUUUUCGAGCCAGAAUGUACUAAAGAGAUCAAGCCAGCACUAGGAGAGGGCCGGAUUUGUCUGACUAAUCUGAGAAUGUUGUUACUGUGUGCCGAAACAGCGUCAGACGCUAACAUUGUGGAGUAUGGUGAUGAGAAGAAAGAAGGAGGAGGUUACAAACUGUCUGUGUCCAAGUUAAACAACGUCUUCUACCAAAACAUUCCUAUCGACUGUUUCGAGAGUGUAGAGUUAAGCUCUACUGUAGGGGUCGUGGCUGAGAGUAAACUUAUAGAGAGAAAAGCAAGUUGUUGUGGCCUCUUCUCCUGUGUUGGGGUUGGGCGUUGUGGAAAUACAUGGGAAGCAAGUCCACCGUUACCUAUGAAUGUAGUGAAGAGAUUUGUCCGGCUUGGUGUAUACUUACCGCCGUGGAGAACACCAGCAAUAAUGUUGGUACAUCUUCACCCUAAAAUGUCACUAACAUCAGCACGUGAUUUCGUUACCAAGCUACAGAAUCACGUGCCACAGAUGCAAUACCACAACAAACAUGGAGCGACCUUGUUAUAAGGCGACAUAUUUUUGUGAAAAAGCCUUGUGACAAGGUUUUUAAAAAAAUAUUUUAUUUCACAUCGUAAAUAGUUCAUUAUAAACCGACCCAAUGUGUAAGAAAUACAGAACACAUCUCUAUUCUUUAUUUAUUCAAAAUAUUAUUAUUACACGCAUGGGAUCAAUAAAUUUCAACAUCUUAAUAGUACUUCGAUCACGUGUUCUAUUAAGGUUUGUGUGGGUAGUUACAACACCAUUUUGUACUAUAAGAUCAUUUUCGUCGGUGUGAAGUUUGUGUGUACGUGUUGUUGCCUGCUGGUAUGAACUUAUUUUAUUUUUGUAUUGAUAAUAACAGACACAUAGCUCAUUCAUUAACGCUUACUACAUGGCAAGAUGUCCAAAAAAAUUGUCCAUUUUAAGUGGAUUAGGCUGACGGACUGUGCGCAGUUUCACUAUUAACACUUUACAUGUAAAUAAAAACACUAUAAAGGAAAUUAUUAUAAUUGUAUAUUAUGUAUGAAAACUUAUUUAUCUAUGUAAAUGAGUUUUUGGUGGGCAACUGUUUGUGCAAUAUACGUGGUGUUAACAUUUAUCUUAUAAAUAAAGUUCUGAAACUGUAA